GAUUCAUCUCAACCGAAGAAUAGAGAAGGUUUUAGUCACGAUUUCUUUGUCAUUUACAGUGAUAAAGAUCGCGAAUGGGUGGUACAUAGUCUGAUGAAUCGGUUAGAAAACAUAAAAAAUUUCAAAGGAUUUCUGGAUCAUCGAGACUUUACGCCGGGUUUGACAAUUCUUGAGAAUAUUGAAAAGGCAAUCAGUAACAGCUACAAGUCAAUUUUUGUUAUCUCUCCAAACUUUCUAAAUAGCCAUUGGUGUCAGCACGAAUCUCAGGCUGCUCUCACAAGUGCCUUAAACAAGAAAAGUAGAUUUUCUGUAAUACCUAUUAUUAAGGAU